CGCUGAAGUGUGCAGCUCCGCGCUCUGUCUGUCUAGUGUCCAGAAAUGUGCGGAGGCUGAAGAAGGAGCCUGUGUCGCCCUCCUGGAAGCUCCGCGGUCACCUCCCUCCUGUCUUCCCUGCAUGCUGGUAACACUGGCGGACCUGGGCGAAGCAGAAGCAACUCCAGCCAGACACGCUGCAACACUUCUCCUCUCCCCGAGCACUGACCGCUACUCUCGACAAGAACGCCCUGACUGAUCAUCCAAGGUGUCAAGCUGGUACAUGCCCAAUGUCCUCUCAUCCAUCCCUGUGAUGCGUCAUGGCUCCGGUGCUGACUGGAGUAUGGUGGGGGCCGGAGGCAGGCGUGGUGGGGUCAGGCGCAGCUGCUGCUAAUGGUGUGGCAUCAUGGCUGGGCAGCGGGCAGCUGGUCCUGGUCAUCACCCUCAGCACUCUGACCACCCUGCUGCUCUUCUCUGUGCUGCUGCUGCUCUGUGCCGGCUGCCAGGGGCAGAAGAAGGUUGCUGAUGGACAUGCAGCUGGAGACCACGAAAACCUUGUCAAUGGAGUAUCUGAAAAAGAGACAGUCAGUCAGUCUGCAGAAAGUCCACUCACUGAUGGAGCCAUCAGCAGCUCACACAAUGGACCUCCAACCAGUGGUACAAUUCUGACCGACACUGUGGACACUAGUCCCCAGCCAUCAGAAGAGCUGCUCUCCAGCCAGUCAGAGCUCAGGUCCUCCAAGUGUCCACAGGACCGUGAACUGCCCAGCAUCCCUCCCAACAGUGCUCUGAUGGUGAACGGGCCCUCUGCCUCAGGGGACAGCACCUAUGAGGUGGUGAAAGAGAUGGUGGCGUCAUCACGUGACGUCAGCGCAGAGGACUCCCUGUAUGAGACGGUCAAGGAGCUCAAAGACCCGCCUGCAAACCUCUGUCUCAGCAACGGUACCACUGAGCUCAGCCCUGACGAGCCCCCCCAUCAUCCGGUCCUGCUCAACGGCCACCUCAGCCCCACCACUCCGGACCGAGGACCCCUGUGUGACAGUGUGGAGUAUGCCUCGGUGGACCUGAAGAAGAAGAGCCGGCACAGCCUAGAUGUGGAGGCCAAGAGGCGCUCAGCCAACACGGCUAUUCCUGAACGGAGCUCCGCAGAGGAACCGGAGGAAGAUUCGCCGCCGCCUGUACCAGAGAAGGUUCUGGAUGAAAAUGACAACCAGCCGGUUUUGCUGAAUGGCCUGGCUGGUGCCGGACUGCACAAUGGAGAGGUGCCCUCCCCUGUGUCUCCUUCAGACUUCCGCAACAGUGUCUUGUCAGAGAGUGAGUCUGCGGUGUAUUCUACAGUCGACAAAACAAACGGCUCUCUUGCCGUGAACCCCGAAGAAAAAGAGCACGACUACAGCAGCAUUGCCGAGAUCAAGGGUCUGGUACCGGCGUCGUCCUCCAGUGACUUGUACGCCACGGUCCGAGACAUCUACACGCAGCCCGGCGAGCCCCUAAUGGGGGACGAGCCCACGUUCGACAGCACAGAUCCUGGUUACGAGGCCAUACGCAUCCCAAAGACUGGCAGCUCAGAUGAUGACUACAGAGGUGGAGUAGGAGCCGACGGAUCAGACGCCGCCAAGGCCGAACCGGACUACGAGUGUGUAGGAGAGUUUGGGCUCAAUAGAGAGACGUCACGCCUCUGAUUCCAUUCAACUUAUCAGAAUCCUCAGUAUUGUGGGAUGAAAAAACUCAUCCCCCUCAUCUUCAGUGCAGAGCGUCGGACUUGCUGCAUUGAUCAUCCACGUAUCAUUGAUCAUAUCUCUGCUUGGGUACGCUACAUCUCCUGAAAUCCACCACCAUGGCUCAUUGGUACGAGUAACUGAGGCAGCCUGUGCCUCCCAUUCCUGCUUGGUUCGUGGUAUAAUGCACUUUUGUUUCAAAUAACUGUGUGGAAAAAUAAUAUGCAGACAAAAUCUAAUUAAUCACAUCAACGAAUUACAUGUCUUAAGGAUCAGUCUAGUGCCUGUCGCCUGAAACAGUCCGGUGCCAAAUCAAGAUCAAGAUAGCUCUGAUGUUUCUUCUGCCUUUUUAGUUGGUAGAGUUCUUGAGUUGCAAAUUGUUUAAGAUGUACAUACAGAAAACACUUGGUAAAAGACUUGUUGUUUGAUGGGUUGUAACAUUUUAUAGAUGUUUUGGGGUUGUAAAAUAUAACUUCACAGUUUUAUUAAUCUGUUAUCACUUUAUCAGACAUUUGCUCACAAAUGGAAUCAAAUAUUUUAAGGUCUGAGUAUAACCAUACAAUUCAACAAGGGCAAUUCAAACAGAAUCACUCUCAACAACUGUUCUCAGAAGCCCGUACCGACUUCUUUCUUUUGUUACCAUUCUCCAAGAUGGCAUCACUAGCAGUUCUACCGUCGUAGACGCCCAGCUAAGUAUGAUGAACAACACAAAUGAGCGGGACUUUUGAUAAGCAGACACUUAAAUACCCUCUUUUACACGUCCAUGUCAACCUUUAUGUGACUUUUAUAUUUAUUUAAAAAUACAAACUAGUGUUAUUGUGACAUGUCGUUGUAAAAGAAGUAGCUUUUAGAGAAGUCUCUUGUGAAGCUAACGGUACGCAUAUCUGUGACUUUUAAACUUAAACAAUGACAUUUAUUUUUGCAUCGCCAUAGAUGAUUUUGUAACGUUGAUGGUGUUUUUGUGACGUCCUUGUUAGAGCCCGGUACAUUGAUGCUGUCAGGGUCAUAUUAUUACGGUACCACAGUUUGAAAUGUAGCAGGUUAAAAAGACAGCUGCACAGAACUACACAGUAUUUUGUGAAUGAGUUAGCACUUACUGUAAAUGAUGCAAACACACGGCACUGUGUUUCAUGGAAAUGAGAAGGCAAACUUGGAGCUCCACUUCAACUAUGAAUCCUACUGUGAUCUACAUAUCGACCCAGUAAAAUAGGCAAAACAUUAUCAGAUUUUACUUUCCAGUGCUAGCCUGAAAUGUUCAAAUCAAUCUCCUGUCAUCAUGGUGUUUCUUCUGCUUUAUUUAUUAAGUUAUCAGACAAAAGCUUCUGAAAAUUCAAUAAACAACCCAAGGUUUCAGUCAAAGUAGAUUCUUUUGUUUGUGAAGAUGAAAAAAUUAAAUGAAUGUCAUUGCAAAUGAGGUUUUAUCAAUGCCAUGCUUGAGAGUUAUUUGAACACUUCAGCACAACAUGAGUCAGCUCAUCCUUCUUUUUCACUUUUAAAUAUGAUUUCUUUUAACCAGAACUCUCAGACUAUUAUUAUUUUUAAUGUUCACUGAUUUAUACCCUGUUCUUUUGGCGUCUGCUAUCUGGCGUCUGAUAAAACUUCCUAACAGUUGCGAACAAUCGCUGAAACGGUGGUACAUUGUCUUGGUACAUUCAUGAGCUUGGUACUUUUAUUUAAGUCUGAAAUGUGAUAUACGUGUGUGUUUUCACUGUAUUUUACUGUACAUAUGUUUCAAUGAAGCCGUAUCCUCUCCUCCACCGACAUCUGAAGUAAUAAAAUAUUAAAGAAUCUGU